AUGAGAAUGAAGUCAAUCGGCCAGCAGCUCGUUACACAGUGGUACGACGUCCAGCAACUGGCCUAUUUACACAACCUGGUCAUCAAAUCUCCAACGUACCAAAAUUUAAGGUGGCCUAAUAUAGAUGCAUUCCUCAAAAUCCAUGGCGAGUCUCACAUUUUCAUUGGUUCACGGCCAAAGAACGCCAGAGAAUCGCUGAACCGGCUUGAGUUGGCCACGGGUAUCUCGUCCGCUACAAACUUUGCUCGUGACUCCCGGAGUCAGAGAUCUCACAAGCCCAACAGCAAGAAUACUCGCGUGCUAAAGUCUACUACUACAGUCGCAGAUUUGUUCUUCGCCUCGUAUAUCGGGGGUCCCGAGGAGGAUAGGGGUAUUGCAAAUAUCCACAGGAUUCUUGACGAGCUUUCACGACACUCGAACAUCCAGUCACCCAGCAAGGCGCUUAAGAAAUCCAACCCCGAACUGAUCAUUACCCGCAAGUGGUCCAAUACCCACAACAUUAACCCGCUCAUGUAUAUACGCUCAAUUGAGUUGCUCAGGCUGAUUCGGGACAAAGAGAACGACAAAUUUGUUCAAUACUUCACGCCAGAGUACAUGCCUGAUGAGUCUCUUAUCUCAAAUAUCGUCAUCCUGAUUCAUCACGUUGCGGAAGGCUCGGCCCAACAGGCGCGUGAGCUCGGCCUUGUUUCUGACGAGGCCGGGGCAGUCAGCCGUAUUGUGGUGAGUGCUGGCGACGUGAUGCGGGAAUACUUGGAAAAGAAUGGCGAUGUUGCAUGCAAAGAGCUGAGGACCUUCUGCAAGAACAAAAAGCCCAUUCAAGAUGAUGUCGCUCAUGACAACGACAAAUCAAACGAGCUAGUGUAUUCUUGGCUUAGCCUUGAAGACGUUCUGGGUGCCAAGGGCGUAGUCUCUCUCAUGACUGGCAUUCCGAUAGCUUAG